GCGCGAUGGAGAACGUCACGCAGGCGGUGAACGAUGAGCUCACGCAGAGCUUGGACUACAAGCUCGCGACGUCCAACGUCAAUUAUGUGCAGUCGCGGCGUGACGUACAGUAUUUCCCAUCCUCGCUGAGUACCUUCACGCCCACCACCAGCAGGGUGGCGCGCAUCCCGCUGACCAGCGGCAUGGAUUUCAUCGACCCGGAGAGCGUCAAGAUCGCCUUCAGGGUCAGGAACAACGACGCCACCAGCGACCUGUUCCCCGGCACCCUGGAAUGGUACAACCAGCGGGGUUUCGAGGGCUUCUGGCAAGACCCGGGCGGCAACGCGCAGGCCAGCCCCUCCGGCGAGUAUAGGCUGAACCUGGUCCUGGAGCUGGAGUUCGCGGAGGCCGGGGACGCGCUCCGCCCGGCCGGCGGCACCAGCGAUUUCAGCAUCGAGAGCGUCAGGGUGCUGGCCUCCCAGGACAGCGCCCUGGUGGAGUCCUUCAACAAGGUCCUCCUCUCGGGCCGUUCCCUGGUCUUCUCCUACCCAACGAUGCACACGCAGGUCUCCAACGUGCCCUCGCGCGUCACCAGCCACAACGUGAUGGCGGCGAGGGCCUACACCAAGCCCUUCCGGCAGACCACGGACGCCCUGGGCGAGUGCCGUAACCUGGAGUACCCCGGGCCCGGCGCGCACCCGUUCAACCUGGAGGGCCAGAUGCAGCUGGGGGCCCUGCAGUACCCCCGGUACCCCAUCGCCAGCUCCGCUGAAUUCCACCACUUCUUGGAGGUGAUGGGCGGCACCUACGAUUCCAAGAUCAAGAACAUGCGCAUCGUGGACCAGUUCUACCCAAACACCGAGUUCAUCGCCGCCUUCCCCACGGAGCGCGUCCCCAAGCACCCGCUCAGCGGCAUCAGCACGCGGUCGGGCGACCUCGCGCGCUUCACCUUCAAGAACAUGCUGGCGGACCGCGUCCAGCGCAUGUACAUCCACCUGGUGAGCUACCAAAUCGUGACGCUGUCGGGCGCCGCGUCUCCGUCUUGGACUAAGGAAACCAUGAGCUUAUUCGAGUCUACCGGGAACAUCCUCAACGAGGGGGGGACCACCGAGAUCUCCGGCAUCACGGCCGGCCAGCUGGCCACCGUGCUGACCGCCUACACGCCGCUGACGGACACGGCCGCGAACGCUGCGGCCAUUGGCACCAACACCGCCGGAGUGGCCGCGAACGCCGCGGCCGUGGCCUCCCUGCAGGCCCAGGUGGCGGGGCUGCCCGGCCCCCCUGAUCUGGCCCCCUACGCCCUGGCCGCCGACCUGGCCGCCGCGGAGGGGACGCGCUGCAGCUGCAGGUGGACGCCAAGUCCACCCCGACCUCCGUGGACGCCAAGCUGGCGAGCUACUGCCAUGAACUCCGCCAUCGCCUCCGCCAAUAAUGCCACCUUGGCCACGGUGGGCAGCAGCUACGCCCUGAGGACCGUCACCGACCAGCUGGCCCUGGACCUCGCGGCCAAGCAGGGCCCGACGUGGACCAAAAAAUCGCCACGGCGCUCUUGGACCGGCAGCACCACUGACUUGACCGCAGCGGUCACCCAGGCGGUCUUGGACGCGGCCCUGGGCCUCAGGGACACGAGGCUGGACGGCCACGACUCCGACAUCCUGGCGCUGCAGGGCGCCGGGCCCUUCGCCACCUCCUCCGACCUGACGGGUGCGGAGACCAGCCUCCAGAGCGCCAUCGACGCGAUCCUGGCCCAGCUGGCCGCGUUGACCACGGGCGGGGGCAGCAACCUGAUCAACGCCCAGGCCUGGUCGGGGGAGAUCAUCUGGGACCUCCUUCUUCAGACCAAUACCCUGCGCAAUCUCCAUUUCAACGCGCCGCUGAGCGUCAGCCUCCAGAACGAUAACUUCACCCUGAGCCUGGCCUGCGACAGCUACAGCGUGGCCAAGGCCGACGCGGCCGUCGCGGCCGCCAUCGCGACCGCCCUGGCGCCCUUCGCGACGGCUGCCCAGCGCGACGCGGCGAUCGCCGCGGCCCUGGCCGCUUACAGCACCACCGCGCAGAUGGACGCCGCGAUCGCGGCCGUGGCCGCCAUCGACCUCAGCCCGUACUACACCGGCGCCCAGACCGACGCGGCCAUCACG